AUGACGCUUUGGAGUGAAAUAAAUGAGAGCUUUUUCGGAGUUAACAUUGUAAUUCUGAAAAUUGCCGGUGUGUGGAUACCCGAUCAAGGGGAAGGUUAUGCAUUGAAAUGGUUCUAUUGGAUAUACAAUGUGGCGACAAAUGGAUUCUGUCUCGGAAUUUUUAUGCCCUGUGAAUUUUUGGCGUUUGGACGGUCGAGACAUAGACUGGAGGACGCAAUAAAGAACGCCAGUGUGGCGGUGACUCACUUACUCGGUGGGAUGAAGGUGUUAGUUUGGUUAAAGAGGAGGAAAGUUAUUCUUCGCAUGAUCAGCGAGCUUGAAGAGCAAGCUCUUCAGUAUGACGAGAUAGACGACUUUCAGCCUCGGAAAACGCUUAUCGCGGAUAAGAGAACUAAAAACAUUACGACCUUAGGAUUUCUAACUUUGGGAGCUUCCGUGUCGAUCACAGCACUUUUGGGCGCAACCGCCGUUUUGCUAAGAGAUUACGAACGGCACGAAGAGAUAACCGUGGACGCCAGUAAUGUUACUGCGUACAAAUACACGCAGCCAUUACCGUACUGGGCAUACAUGCCGUUCGAUUACACAACGUCUCGCACGCGCUUCUUCUGGGCUCUCGUUUACAAUUGCUUUACGGCGUAUCAGCAGGCUUGGACCAUUGUAGGUAUUGAUACUCUUUUUACUGCGCUCGUAAGCAAUAUAGGACUGCAACUGACAAUUUUGCGAGGGGCUUUUAAAACCAUAAGAUCAAGAUCGGUUAGGUCUGUAAAGAUGGCUAAUGAACUGUAUCCACCAAAUCCAACGUUGGUGGAUGAGGCAAUGGACAGGGAAAUGAAGAAAUGCGUUAGGCAUCUUCAGCUCAUUUUUGACACGUGCAAGAGGAUGGAAGAAGUUUUUACCUAUUUAACAUUGACACAAGUGAUAAUGUCCGAAAUUAUAAUCUGCACAUGUCUUUAUCUGGUUUCCUCGAUACCGAUUACCAGCAAGGCGUUCGCAACAGAACUGGUUUACUUGGUCGCUAUAGAGCUACAGAUUGGACUUUAUUGCUUUUUCGGGAAUAAGGUAACAAUAAUGGGUGAAGAUAUUUCGCUGGCCUUAUACGAGGGCGAUUGGUUAUUGGCGAACAGCUCCUUCAAGAAAAGUAUGCUAAUAACAAUGCUACGUAUGAAAAAGCCCAUCUACUUGACUAUGGGAAAAUUCUCACCAUUAACGCUGUCUACAUUCGUUACGAUUGGGAAAGGAUCAUACUCGUUCUUUGCGGUAUUAAAAAACCACAAUGCGUAGUGCCCAAAACCAUAAACGGAGGUUCUGCACCACGUAGAAUAUUAAAAUAAAAUAUUAAUAUUAAUAUUAAAAUUAAUUGCACGAGAACGUGUAAUCAAUCGCAUUAUGUAACCUAAUUUGAUUAGCAAUCCUUCGCAAAAUUACUAUCUAGGAGCUAUAUACGAUUAAAUAUCAAUUAGCGUAAUUUGCUAGAAGUACAGUUUGUUUUAAGUAAGUAAAUUUGAAACACUUUUUACCUUAAGAAAACACAAAUGUGUCAUUACCUGCCAACGCAGUGUAACUUUAAAAGAAGUACCUGAUAAGUACUUCCGCGUUCUGCUAUUGCGACAUCGCGUAGGCCUUGACCGUGACGAAGUUAGACCAGGAAACAAGAAGAUGGCAACAAACUUGUAUACCGAAGAAAUGGGACACGUCAUGUUAAAUUCGCACGUAGUGAAAGAAGAGUUUUAUGAAGAUAU